AUGGCCGAACAAUAUACAUCCAAGUUAAAUCUUACAGAGGUGGUGAUGAAACAUUUGUCCGAACCAAAAAGGAGACUCGUCGAUGUCUUGUCAGAUUAUGACGAAGAAAAGCUCGGACUUCUCCCUGUUUCUUCGCUGAAGAAGUGUCUUCACUGUCACUCUAUCGAUUUAACAAGCAGCGAAUUUCGCUUAGUUUUCGAUGGAUUUAUCCAGAACGACAAGGUGAAUUAUAUCAAUUUUUUAAAAUCGUGGAGUGAUCUCUCCAGCGAGAUCGAUUCUCCCCAGUCCAUCAAACGUGCCUCUAGCGGAGAAGAUUCCGGUAUCGGUUACACAAGCCCCAAACGACGUUUUGUUCUGACCCCUCCAGACGACGCCUCGCUGCAGUCCCUGGCGGAGUCGAUUCGUCUUCACAUCCUGAGUCUUUUCGGGAACGUGCAGCCUAUCUUCAAGGCACUGGCAGUCUCGGACAGCGUGUAUCUGCAUGAUCUUGUUGGGUAUUUUACGCAACAUCGCGUCGCCUGCACGCUGUCGCAGCUCCACUGUCUGCUUCAGCCCUUCAUGUCGGCGCCCGCCUCGAUCACGCUCCCCGAGUUCCAAAAAUUUGCGGCUUCCUUGACGAUGGAUGCGGAUCGGCGGCUCUCGGAAGCCUUCCCCGGAACGUUCGGGCGGAGCACUCAUAUCAGUAUGUCGCUCGGAGAGCGGUCCUUGUCGUUGGCGGGGAGAGGUCGGGGAAUUCGGCGGUCCUUGUCGGUUGCGAAGAAUUUGGAUAGCCUGCCUCUCUAUCGAAUGAUGCUGAGUCUGAAUGAGCAGGCGUCGGUGGAUUCGGAGGAAGACGCGGUCUUUGUUUAG